CGCAGGAGUCGCAGCCCCUGCAGGCCCUUCUCCGGGUUUUCCUUCUUUUGAACAAGCCGACUAGUUAAAAGCUGCAUCUGUUGUCACUCGCCCGCUAUCAUCCUUUGCAAACGGCAAGUCACAACCCCUCCGUUGAAAGUCAAACUUACCAUCGUGUGCGCGGAUGAUCUACCCGGCACUGCUGAAGCGAAGAGUUUAAUACCAACGGCCACCACAAAAAUAGAUUGGAAGAACCUGUGGGCUGGUCAGGAUGAGGCUUUCUACUCUUCUUCUCCCCCUGCUUCCCGCAUUUGCAUUCGCUAUCAACACGGAGGAUGGGAGCGCGGCAUUCCUCUCCUCAACCCGUGGGAAACUCCGUGUGAGAGAUCACCCGAACUUCAUCCUCCGACGUCAGGCAGCGGACUCCCUGUUACCCUCUCCCCAGAGCGAACCUAGAGGCGGAGGCGGUAACGGCGGCAACGGCCAAGGCACUUCGGAUCUUCCACACGCUGACCCCACGACCGUACCCCAACCGCCAUCUAAAGUACCUAACGACCCGCCAGGUCCUACCCCAACACCUGAGCCUCAACCUCAACCAAAACCACAACCACAACCACAACCAGAACCGCAGCCACAACCCGGACCUACACCGGCCGACCCUGGUCCAAACGCAGAUCCGGGCAAACCACAAGCCCCGAACCAGCCACAAGUGCCAGCGCCUGCCCCGACUCCGGACGUGAUCCAAGUAACUCGCGGAAGUGAUGGCCACAUUGUCACCGUGAUUCGAUCUCGAACUUCGACCGUACUAGCCUCUACUCCGUCUCAAAAUGCAACUGCUUCAAGGGGAACAACUGACUCGAAUCUAAGCCAGAGUGGCAGCUCAUCAAGCAGUGGCCUGGGCCCAGGAAAGAUCGUCGGGAUUGCAAUUGGAGGAGCCGUUGCGAUUAUCCUUGCGGCUAUCGGCAUCUUCUUAUUCCGCAAAUGGGGUCUCAGACCAUCGAAUAAGUUUCGCGAUCGACUUAUGCGUGCAAACGGUGGGAGCCAGACGUCGGAUUCGAUGCACGAGAGCAUUGGAGUCUCACCAUCGCCAUCGCCAUCUCCGCAUCCGUUUGACCAUGCAGGCUAUGCCGUGAAUGGUUUACGGAGCCCGCCAUCCACAUGGCGAAUGUCACACCAGUAUACUUCGUCUAUGAGUGGAUCUAUGGGUGGCCCUCCGUCUAUGGGUAGAUCUAUGGCUGGUGGAUCUAUGGUCGGCAGUCCAUCCAUGGUGGGUCCUGCCGGCCCUCCUUCUAUGGUGGGCGGCUAUGAUUCAUAUCAUCCUGUUGACCCAUAUCACCCUGCGUAUCACCGGGGCUAGAAGUUGUUGACUUGUGCCAUUUAUGUGCCCAUUUCAGACGGCGUAAGACCCUGGCUGCGUACAAACACGUUACGAGAUAUCUGACGAUGAUGAUCACAUUUGUUUUAUAUAUAUACCCCCCUGCCCACAAUUCUUGCCAAGCAGUGUCAUUUUUGCAGCAAUACAUUUUUAGUUUUCAUCACGGAA